UGGAGUUGCAGCAAUAUCAUGAAUGAAGUAAUUAAUAAUCUCGGCUAUCGGCUGGACAAAUAGCUGAACAUAUUUCAAUGUAAAUGGGUCAAACGCAAACUAUGAAUGGAAAGAGGGGGCCUGGAGACAAUUUAUGUCAGGGGUCAAAAUUGUAGUCGAUGCCAUUCAAUCGAGAACGGUCCACCGAUCGUGUGGUGCAUAGUGUGUGAAUCAAUGGCUCGCGGCGUGGUGCUCACGCGGCGUCUUCGUCUCAUCGAUGUUUGUCUCGUUGUAGCGCUGAUUGCUAAGGCGACAGGACUGCCUCAACCCUCAAGACACGUCGAUUUGCCGGAAGGCAGCAACGAUGCCGAGUUUCAUUCAAAUUCCAUGGGAGUUUCCAAGGUGAUCGACCUAAAUACGGGGACGAUUGCCUAUAAAGAUCACAUAUUAAAAUCAUGCUACAUAGAAAAAAUGAGCAAGGAUUCUCCGUGGGAAAAAAAUCGAAUGUUAAUCGUCCAUCCAAAUCUGCUCACAAAUGAACAGGUGGAAAUUAUUGGAGGACAUAUAGUUGCAAACUUUUGUUUCGGAUGGCCGUCGAGGGUGUUACGUCUGCCGACCAACUUUGAAGUGAGAAGUAAAAGAUCCAACAAGCAAUAUUAUUUCGUUGGUCGUAAGACAAGGGGCCAAACGCAAAGUCAAUACUUGCAGUUUGGAGAUGGUGAGAAUCCAGGGAAAGCUGAGGCGGAAGCAACUCGACAAGGAAGCAAGGCUGUUGUGUAUGGUUCCAGAGGAAUGGGACAAGCGCAAAGUCAAAGUGAUCCAUUCAGUUGUGCUGAUUGCUAUGGAUAUGGAGGUUCCGGUAUUCCGGGUUCACAAACGUCUACCUCACCUUUUGCCCCAGGAUUAAAUGGAGAACAGUUAUCAGGUGGUCGACGGUUUGAUGCAUCGGGCCGACCAAUUUUAACUACUGGCGCAGACCCUGGAUUAUCCCAAACGGAUAUUUAUGGAAGACCUAUUGGUGGCGAUGGUCGAUCCCCAGGAGUCACAGGUCCAACCCAGGCAGGACAAGGAUUUAUUCCUGGAAGAGGUCCCGGUGCUGGUCAACAACAUGGUGGGCAAGUGCCAGGUCAACUAUUAGAAACACCGGUUGGUAGCUUAAUUCAAUCAGGAACACGUGGCCAGAAUGGUAAACCCGGCGUUUCUGGCACUAACGCUCUCUUUAUACCCGGCCAAACACCCGGAACACAUCAAACUCGCCCAGGUCAAACAGGUGGCUACCAACAAGGUGGUCAAGUACAACCCGGUACUGGAGGUGGAACCAUUUUUACACCAGGACAGGCAGGCCAAGCACCUGGAUCAUUUCAAACACAUCCUGGGCAAACUAUAUUGAGAGGACCGGACGGUGGACAAGCUCCAGGAACACAUCAAAUACAACCUGGUCAAGCAGGUGGAGACUUAUUACCGGGCACUACAACUGGUGGAGGAAGAGGUCCAUCAGGAUCAUUUCAAACGUACCCAGGUGGUCCUGGAAGUGGUACAAUAUUGAGACCUGGUCAAACUCAUCCAAGCCAAACCGGUGGACUACAACCAGGAAUAACAGGCGGACCUGGUACAGGAACAUAUUUUACUCCAGGACAAGUAUCUACGGGUGGUCAAUAUCCUAGUGGUGGUAGUCAACCUGGUUCGGACCAAACACCUUCUACUCAUGCAGGUGGAACACAAGGAACAACAGGUGGCCCUGCAACUGGAACACAAUUUACCCCAGGACAAGCACCAGGUUUAUUACAAAUUCGUCCAGGCCAAGUAGGAGGACCAAGCGGUGGUCAAAUACCUGGAUCCAUACACACACAACCCGGUUCGCAAAUAUACGAUCAUGAUGGUCUUCAAAAACCCGGCGGACGUCCAGUGCAUCCCGGUGAUGUUGGAGCAAUUGCACCUGGCGCGCAAAUUCAACAGGGUGGUGUAACAACUCAACCAGGUGAAACAACCUAUUUUAUUCCUGGUGGUAUAAGACAACGGCCAGGCGAUGGUUCUUUUGGUUACUAUCCAUCGACCGGAACACCAGGUGGAAGAAUCCAGGGAGGAGAUUCAGGUAUACAAGAUGGAACUUUCAACGGUCAAUUAGCCGGACAAUACCGACCGGCAAGUGGCCCAGGCGGGGAAUUUUCCGGCACAUUUCAAGGUAGAUAUAGCCCACAUGGAUCUAGAACACAUAUAGGUUCACAAGGAGCGCAAAUUAGUGGAGGUGGACAGCAAACUGGAGAUAGUGCGCAGCAGGUUCAUUAUCCAGGAUCUAUUAUUGGAUCCGGUGGUCAAAGAGGGCAAGGUUCUCUUGAACAACAAGGAUUUCCAGGCGAGUCAGUUGGAGGACAGCAAUGGUCACAAGCAGGUACACCCGGAAGUCAAAUCCCAACAGGUUCAUCAAUUACUGGACAAAUUCCGGGCCAAUAUGUACAAGGUAUAGGAACACAAGGCGGCACAUCCACACAUACUGGACAAGGUACUUUCAUUCCCGGUCAAACUCAAAUCCCAUCAACAAGUCAAACAAUUCAGAACGGUUACCCUGAUACAACUAGUUCGGGGCACGUAUGGAGUGGACAACCAGGGCAAAGUCAAUUAUCUCCAGGUGGUAGUCAACCUGGCUAUCAACACGGGACAGUACAUACACCAGGACAAAUACAUACAACAACCGGUGGUCAAUAUCCUAGUGGAGGUAGACAACCAGGUUAUCAACAAGGGACAGUACAUACACCAGGACAAAUACAUACAACAACCGCUGGCCAAUAUCCUAGCAGUGCAGGCGGCCAACCUGGUUAUCAACAAGGUACGAGCGGACAAGGUCCAAUAGGUGGCCAACCAGGCUAUCAACAAGGUGCUGGACAAAUACCUGAACAAUCGCAUUUAACAACUGACGGUCAAUAUCCUAGUGGCAGUAGUGGUCAACCAGGUUAUCAACAAGGAGCACCAGGACAAUUGCAAAUCUCGACUGGGGGACAAUACCCAACGGGUGGUACCAGUCAACCAGGUUAUCAGCAAGGAACACCUGGACAAAUUCACUCAGGGACAGAUGGUCAAUACCCAGGUAGUGCAAGUGGUCAACCUGGUUACCAAACAGGAACAGGACAACCACAGGGACAUUUACAAACACCUACUGGUGCUCUGUAUCCUGGUGGUUCUGGUCAACCUGGUUAUCACCAAGGAACAGAAUUUACACCGGGUUAUCCAGGCCAAACUACAGGUACAGGUCAGCAAGGUGGUACAACCGGAGGACAACAAUUUUAUGGCCAACAACCAGGAACAAGUGGACAACAAAUAGGAGGAGGCGGACCAACUUACGGUACACAAACACCUUAUGGUCAACAAGGUGGUCAAACAUUAGGAAGCGGUGUUGGAGACUAUGCAGGUUCUGGCGUUCCACAGGUAGGACAAUUCCAACUCCCCGGUCAAGCAGGUCAAGGUUUAGAAGCGGACGAUUCUGAUACGCAAGCGCAAAGUACAAUUCAGCGGUCAGAUAAUGAAACUCAGGCGAGUGCCUCUUCUUCGGGUCGGUUUGCUGGCGGUACGGCACAAUCACAAGUAUCUGGAUCUUACGCAGGUACAGGAUCAUUUAGUGCCUCGGCAGGUAGCAACGACGGAUUACGCGGUGCGCAAACACAGGUUUCCGGUAAUUCGGAAGGUACCCUCAGUUCCUCUCAAGGUAUGGGAGGCCGAGGUAAAUCCCAAGCACAAGUCCAACUUUCAGCGGACACUGGUGACACCACCUCAAGUGCCCAAUCCGGUGGAUUAAACCACGGUACCAACACACAAGUACAAUCGGGAAUUAAAGGGGGAAUGGCAGAUGCACAAGCCAACGGUCCAGGUAGCACCUCUUCUCAAGCACAAAUAGGUUUCUCUCCAUACGACGCAAACACCAAUGACGACGAUCCUGGAAAUCCCCACAACGGAGGAGGAACGGCAAGCGCCUCAAGUGGAACUCACGCGGGUAAAUCCCAAGUACAAAUUAAUGGAAAAUACGCGUUUGGUAUACGCUACACGGGCCAAGCUCAAGCUUCCUCCGCAAAUUCCGGCUACACGGCUGAUAAUAUCAAUUUACCAACAAUGCGACCAAUCGACUUCUCACAAAACACUUAUAGCAAACCAGCAAAACAAGAAAAAGUUAACGUGCGUCAAAUAGACGACCCCAGCUUAAUAAAAAUUAUUACAUCUUCAACAACUCCAUUACCCGAUGAUGAUGAUGAAGAAGAAUACGACGACUAUGAAGAUCCUAACCCACCACCAAGACAUAACUUGGUUCAACAAGCAAAAACAAGAAGUCUAAUGCAUGACGCCCUUGAUCCUCUAGAAGAUAUAGAAGAUCAUGGUAUUCAAAUCGAAGGCCAGCUAAAACACGGCGAUAUAAUUCAAACAGGUCAAUACAUUCCAGGGAGCACCGGGUACAAAAUCCCACAAGGUUUUCGUGGCCGUGUCACCGAAGAUCAACAGCAACACGAAACAGAUAGCGACUUAGGCAAAAGAAUCAUCUACGCAGCUGGAGCUAACGCAAAUCGUCGUGGGCACAACGAUGGAUACGGUUCAGGUUAUUCCUACCAACCAAGAUACUCCCCAGUCCAAUACGGUUUCAAAUCAUCAAACCAACCAAAGAAUUUCGUCUCAGUGACAAAAUCAGAAACAGGUUCACGUAAUAUCAUCACUGGAAAGAAAACUCCCUCAGUUUAUUAUACACAAUCAUCAACGUGUGGAUAUUUCACCAAUACGUGCGUCUAUAGCAAUGGGCGAAAGAUCUGCCUACCGAAACCGAAGGCCAAUCCGGAUGGAACACCCAUUGUAUGCAGAAACUAAAUGGACACUCGACUAUAAAACAAUAUAAUACCAUCACUGCCAGACGUAUUAUAAUUAUAACUUAAAGUAUCUAUUUUCAUACAUUGCUUUUUUUUAAUUAACUGCGAGUAAAAUAUUGUAGUUUUAUUAAUAAUGAUUAAACGUUUGAAAACACAA